AUGGCCUCCCCCGGUUCCUCCGGCACCACCCGCAGCCACCGCACCAACCCGUUCGAAGGUCCCCACCCCGUCGUCAUCCGCGAUCUCAACAUCCUUGCUCGGGUUCCCGUCGUUCUCGAUCAUCUCUCCUCCACCUACUAUGCCUGGAAGACGUACUUCUCCCUUGUGUUUCAUGAGUACAACCUUAGGGAUCACAUCGAUGGCUCCGUGGAUUCCCGCUUCAUGGAGGACGAUGAGGAGUGGACGUCCAUCGACGCCACUCUCAUCCGUUGGUUCUACACCACCAUCUCGAAGGACCUCUUCCACACGGUGGUCUCCGCCGACGAUGACGCUCAAGCCGUUUGGACCAAGCUCAACGGCCUCUUCACCGGCAACGCGCUCCAACGCAAGGUUUUCUUGCACGACGAGUUUUUUGGAUGCCAGCAGCUCGACUCGUCUGUUGACGAUUAUUGCAUGCGCCUCACCGCCGAAUGUCGCGCACCCGGGCCACCCACACGGCCCUCACCGCCGGUACCCGCGGCGUUGCGCUGCCCACCGCGCCGGCUCCCCGCCGCGGCCCGCCCCGGGACCCUUCCAGGCUCCGCCGCCGCCCGGGUUUCCAUACCCGCAGCUGCCGCAGGCCACCCCGCCGAGCAGCCGCAGCGCCGCGGUGGCCGUCGUGGUCGUGGCGGCCGCAAACAGCAGCAGCAGCAGCCGGCUGCACACGGCGGGGCGCCGCGCCAUCAACAGCAGCAGCCGGCACCCUAG